AUGAGCUGUUUCACCUCCACUAAACUAUUCGUUUCGCAUCAGGAGCAACUCGUUCGAACCACUUCAUUCGUUUCCUCCGAGGAGCAUCAGAAGAAGAUUCCAGAAGCUCCAGAAGCCCCCAAACCACUAUCGGUAGAUCAAACCGUAGAUCACAAAAUGGCCGGUGUCACCGCUGUAGAGAUUCCACAAUGGAUUCAAGAUAAUCAGGGAGACUUCGUGCCGCCUGUCUGCAAUAAAUGCAUGUUCUCGGAUCAGCUGAAAGUGUUCUAUGUCGGCGGACCGAAUCAGAGAAAAGAUUUCCAUUUGGAGGAGGGAGAGGAGUUCUUCUUUCAACGAAAAGGAGAUAUGGUGUUGAAGGUGAUCGAGAAGGGACAGGUUCGAGAUUUGGUCAUUAAGCAAGGCGAGAUGUUCAUGCUGCCCGCCCGUGUCGAGCACUCUCCCCAACGGUUCGCCAAUUCCAUCGGACUCGUCGUGGAACGUGAACGAAAGAAUACCGAGUUCGAUUGUGUCCGAUUUCUUGUCGGCUCCUCAAACGUCACUCUUUUCGAGAGAUGGUUCUUUUUGACUGAUGUGGUCAAAGAUCUUCCGCCAUUGAUAAAAGAGUUUUACAAUUCGAAUGAGUUUAAGACAGGUAAACCGGGAAAGGGAACAUUCGCUUGUAAUGCUCCUUAUGAGGCGAGAUGGACGGAUUUGCCUGUGCCAAUCAAUCGGAAAGAAUUCAUUUAUGAUCAUAUCAGUGAAGUCAAAAACGGCCCUGUGAAAAUCUACGGCGCCCCGGAAUACAAAACAGAAGUGAUGCUGUUGGGAGAGGGGUCUUAUGACUUGGAAGCGGGUGCUGUGGAACUGUUGAUUUGGUUGCAGGAAAACACGUUCGCCGUCGUGGAGGAGAGCGGUUUCACCUACGCUCUCAAAUCGGAGACCAUGGUUCGAAUAAAACCCAAUACCAAAUGCCUUCUCAACGUCAAGGGAGGCUUCGCCAUCACCAUCCGUAUGCCCGGAUAA